CGAGCGUCGUGGUGGACUUGAGGAGCCGCAGCUUCCCGUCCGCUCCGGUCGCUCAGUGUAGUUGCUCCCGUGUUCCUUUGGGUGGUGGCCGUCUGUUUUCACAAGUUUGGAAUUCCUCCAAGCUUUAGUCGAGGAGUUUGUGUCGGGAACCCAUCAUUUUAAAAACACUAGUUUAGUGUCGCGUAAGGCGCGUUUCGUGUUUGGAGGGAAAUAAAUUAUUUCUCUGUAAGAAAAAAAGUGAGUUUACUUUAGCUACCGUUAGCUUAGCGACUAGGGAGGGAGGCUACUUCAGCUGGCUGGCUCGCUAGCGAAAUAUCUGUCCGAUGCAGGCCAUCAAGUGUGUGGUCGUGGGCGACGGGGCUGUUGGUAAAACAUGCCUACUCAUCAGCUACACUACCAAUGCCUUCCCUGGGGAGUACAUCCCCACAGUCUUCGACAACUAUUCUGCAAAUGUGAUGGUAGAUGGGAAACCGGUGAAUCUGGGACUGUGGGACACAGCUGGGCAAGAGGACUAUGAUCGACUCAGGCCACUGUCCUACCCACAAACGGAUGUGUUCCUGAUCUGUUUUUCUCUAGUGAGUCCAGCCUCCUUUGAAAAUGUCAGAGCCAAGUGGUACCCAGAGGUUCGACACCACUGCCCCAACACGCCCAUCAUCCUGGUGGGCACCAAGCUCGACCUGAGGGAUGACAAGGACACCAUUGAGAAGCUGAAGGAGAAGAAGCUGAACCCCAUCACCUACCCUCAGGGCCUGGCCAUGGCCAAGGAGAUAGGCGCGGUGAAGUACCUGGAGUGCUCAGCGCUGACCCAGCGCGGCCUUAAGACGGUUUUCGACGAGGCCAUCCGGGCAGUCCUUUGCCCGCCCCCCGUGAAGAAGAGGAGGAGGAGGAAGUGCAUGCUGAUGUAAACACAGCAACAGGAAAGGGCUCCUUUUGUGAAACAUUUGGCUGCAGUCUGAGCUUAACUAUUUCAAAGGGGCAAGAGCGCAAAAAUGGGGUGUUUGUGUUAACUGACGAAUUACUUGAUUGCUGCCUGGCGUUAACACUUAAAAGAACAAGCCCCAUCAGAUGUAUUCAUUGUUAUUCCCCUAACACUAAGAAACCCUCACUUUUUUUUAUUAACUUUUUCAUUUAAUUUGAAAAAAUAAUAAUAUGACACUAAUUCCUUUUUCUCACAUCAGUAGUUGGCUGUUUUUCUUUUUUUGCUUCCACUGGAGAACCCAUUUUUGUUUACAUUUAAUCUGCUACAUAUGAGGCUUUGCCAAAGUGAACGGUUAUGUUUCAUCUCCUGUGUUUUACCUCAACAUCCGGGGGGGGGAGGGGGGGAGAAGAAACGACUGAACUGUGUAUGUGAGGAAACAGCUAAUGAACUCUAAUUGACUGUAACACUAGAGAACAACGGUGGUAGCAGUUGGGAUCAGUACAGAUCACCCUCCGACAUCCCCUGUUGAUUAACAAAUCAAACCGUGCUUAUCGUCGCAGUGCACGGCUGUCAUCCACACGCUGCAGCCAGGCCAACCAUUUCCCUUUUGUAUGCUAGAAAACCAAUAGGUGACGGCUCUCUCUCACGUUGUAUGUAGAAGUAUACAAGUACCAGUGACUUGACUAUCCCUGUGCCGAUUGCUCCCGUCUCGGUAUUUUUUGCACUGAAACAGUACCAACAGUGUUUCGGAUUGGAGAGAGAGAGAGAGAGAGGGUGCAAGAGUGUGCGCGCGUGUGGGCACAAUGAAGUCUUCUGUAGGAGUGCUUAUUAACGAGCCAAGAGAGAGAGGU